AUGGCAGUUUUCGCGAAUGCCGGAACGUCUAGACAGCUGAUCGUCCUGACAGUGCAUCGGCACGCCUUCCUGGGGCGGGUACGUGCACCGAAGCGCGCGGGGUCCGUCUUUAUGCGUGCUUCCGGCCAAUCACAGUGCAGUGAGGUGCAGUAAUAAAAAUGGGGAUCAUACUGAAGCUGAGACUACUUCUUUGGAAGAACCUUAUCGUUAGAAGACGGAACAAGAUCCGGUUUAUAUUGGAAGCUGUGUAUCCCCUUUUUCUUUUCGUGGUACUUGUCAUCCAGAAUCCACAAGGAACCCCACAUUACUACAAUGAAUGCCACUUUUUGGGGAAAGCUCUGCCCUCUGCCGGGCAAGUUCCGUUUUUGCACUCCCUCGUUAGCGGAGCCGUUUCAAACAACUACUGCCUCGCCAAGAACGGCAGUGUUCAGCCUGAAUUCAACACACCAUCUGGAUUGAAACUUCACUCGUCUAACGGCAGAUCACCAAGGGCUGUUGAACGGGGACGGGGAUUGGCCGAUUGGAUGCGAGUGUCGUCAUCGGACCCAGCGACCUGCUCUGAUGUCGUACGCAUUAUGUUGACGGUGUCAGGAUCAAUGACGAACAUGUGGAGUGUUGUCAAACCUUUCAUAACAGGCAAGAUACUGUACUAUCCGGACACAGUCGCGACGAGUAAAAUUAUGCAAGAAGUCAAUGACACAUUCAACAAGAUUACAACGUUCCCGCCACUGUUUCCGGUCCAGACCUUCCUCGAGAUGCCGGAUGGAAUAGAAACCCUAGAACGGUUGACUGAAUUAUUUGGAGACCCGGCCGACGUGAAGUCCAUCCGAAAUCUGUCUGGCCAAAAAUUCGACGCAUCAGCACUUCCAAAGUCUUUGACCGAUGCCUACGAAGAGUUCCGGGAAGCGUUUGAGAAGUGCGUCAACCGUCAGAAAGUGGAAGCAGUCCCCGCAGAAUCGGCUUUGACGGAGUCGUGGAAGCUCAUGAAUUCCAGCAACCUGUGGGCACUUGUCUCCUUCGAAGACGUCGGCGAUGAGCUCAAGCCCUUUGUGCACUACAAAAUCAGGGUUGAUGAGAACACCUUGCCACCGACUAAGGAGAUCAAGAGGCCCCUCAAAAAGACAAAACGUCUAACGCCACUUCAAAACCUACGAUAUAUUGUCUUCGGCUUUGCAUACUUGCAGGAUAUGAUAGACAGUGCCAUCUUGAAAAUCCACACCGGAAGGACCGAGGCGACUCAACCUGGCAGGAUUCUCCAGCAGUUCCCAUCCGCAGCGUUCAAGACCGACGACCUUGCCGACCUGCUGACGCAAGUGCUGCCGCUGAUGAUGGCGCUGGCGUGGAUCUACACCUUCUCGCAGACGGUCAAGGGCAUCGUGGUGGAGAAGGAGGAGCGCGUCAAGGAGGUGCUGGCCGUGAUGGGCAUCAGCCGCGGCGUGCAGAGCGCCGGCUGGGUGGUGGAGGGCAUCUGCAGCACCUUCCUCACCUGCAUCGUGCUCAGCGUGCUCCUCAAGUUCGGCGGGCUGAUGACGCACAGCGACAUCUCGGUGCUGUUCGUCCUGCUCUUCUCGUUCGUCGUGUCCAUGCUGUCGCUGGCGCUGUUCGUGUCCACCUUCUUCUCCAGGCCGACGUUGGCCGGCCCGUGCUCGGAGAAGAUAUUGAAUGGAACAUUCCUGGCGCCUUUAAGAGCCUUUAAAAGCGCUUUUAAGAGUGCUUACUGACAACUUGUCUGGCAGUGCCUGGCCUCCACCGUGGCGCUGGCGGAAGCCACCCAGAUCAUCUCCAGCCAGGAGAUGCGCGGCGACGGCGCCCAGUGGAGCAACAUCUUCCUGAACGCGGGCGUGGGGGAGCCCGUCACCCUGGCGGCCUGCAUCGGCAUGAUGUGGCUGGACGCCUGCAUCUACGCCCUGCUGGCGUGGUACACUGAGAACGUCUUCCCCGGUCAGUAUCGGUACACUGUGGAAAUUUUUGUUUUCCAGAAUCCUAAUAUUGAUGCGAAUGGACCUGACUUCUUCUUUCUGUCCACAGAGGAGGCUGCAAAUUUCGAACCCGAACCGCAAGGCUCAGUUGUAGGGGUUGCCAUCGAAAACUUGUCUAAAGUCUUCGGGAAGCAAAAACCUGCCGUGAACGGUUUGACUCUCAACUUCCAUCAGGACCAGAUCAACUGCUUCCUCGGGCACAACGGUGCUGGAAAGACGACCACCAUCUCCAUGCUGACAGGGAUGUACCCUCCCACUGCGGGCACCGCCCGUCUCUUUGGCCGCGACAUUCGCACAGAGAUGGACGACAUCCGGACCAGCAUGGGUGUCUGUCCGCAGCACAACGUCCUCUUCAGCACUCUGACGGUGGAAGAACACCUCCUCUUCUUUGGCCGGAUCAAAGGAAUCUCGGAGGAGGUUCUGAAACAGGAAAUCGACUACAUGCUCAAAGAAAUGGGUCUCGAGGACAAACGUAAGGCGAGGUCCAACACGCUGUCUGGCGGCAUGAAGCGCAAGCUCUCGGUCGGUAUGGCGUUCGUCGGCGGCAGCAAGGUGGUGUUCCUGGACGAACCCACGGCCGGCGUCGACCCGUUUUCCCGCCGUGGCAUCUGGGAACUGCUCUUGAAGUUCCGGAAAGGUCGCACCAUCAUCCUCACGACGCACUUCAUGGACGAGGCGGACCUGCUGGGGGACCGCAUCGCCAUCAUGAGCGAGGGUCGCUUGCAGUGCUGCGGGUCGAGUGUGUUCCUGAAGGAGCGGCUGGGCACGGGCUACCACUUGACGGUGGAGUGGAAGGAGAACGACGACCAGACGGUUGAUAACUGGAAGGCGUUACUGACGCAAGAGGUGCUGCUGAAGGUGCCCGCCGCCCGCCGGGUGUGCUCCGACGGCCCGGAGGAGAGCCAGGCCGUGUUCGUGCUGCCGGACCGCCACGACGUGGACGCCAUCACGGCCUUGCUGGAGGAGCUGGAGAAGAAGCGGCACGCGCUCAACGUGGCGUCCUACGGCGUCUCGGACACGUCGCUCGAGGAGAUCUUCCUGAGAGUGGCGGAAAACAAGGCCAACGCAGAGACUCCAGCGAGCAGUGACGUGGUGACACUGGAAGACGACUCCUCGGCGUGCGAUCUCUUCGAGGAGCCGCUGUCCGGGUGGCGGCUGCUGGUGCAGCAGUACGUCGCGCUGACGAUGAAGCGCUACCACUACGUGCGCAGGGACCCCAGGGCACUCUUCACGCAGCUGGUGCUGCCUGCCUUCUUCGUGACGCUGGCGCUGGUGCUUUCCAACUCGCAAUCCGGAGCCUACGGACCACAGCCCGAUCUACUCCUGCGGACAGAAAUGUUCGGCAACCCGGCCGUUGGCUUCUUCGAGCAGCUACACGACGCGCCUCAGAGCACGUGGAGCGACCGCUACCUCUCCUCGAUGUUGUUGGACGGCGUGGGCUUCAACCUGGCCGCAGGGGACGCCAUUCGACGAAGCGAACGGACCAACGACGUCAACGACUGGACCUGCAGCAACUCGCCACCGAGCACCGAUGCACCUUCCGUGACUCUUCCGAGUGGAGAGCUGUUUUAUAAUGCUACAGACUCGGAAGUCGAAGACUGGCUCGUUGGGUCUGAACAACACUGCAAAGGGAACCGGUAUGGCGGUGUCUCAUUUGGAGCUCAAUACAAAGCUACGCCAUCUAUAUUGAAUCAAGCAGACAGUGUUAAGGUGUGGUUCAACCCCGACGGCUACCAUUCGGUGCCCACCUACCUGAAUGCCAUCAACAACGUGCUUCUGCGAGCGUCGCUCCCCGCCGGCACCGACGCCAGGCAGUACGGCAUCGCCACGUCCAGCUGGCCGCUGCCGCCGGACCCCGUCAAGAAGCACACGCAGAUCGUGGACCCACUGGAACUGAGUGUGGUGCUGUCGUCGGCCAUCACGGUCAUCUUCGCCAUGAGUUUCGUGCCUGCGUCCUUCGUCAUGUUCCUGGUGGAGGACCGCGUCGUCCAGACCAAACACCUGCAGCUCGUGUCGGGACUGCGCUCCUACAUCUACUGGGUGCAGACCUACACGUGGGACUUGGUGAGCUUCUUGAUAUCCGAAAUACUCGUCAUCAUCAUAUUUUUGGCCUUCCAAAUUCCGUCCUACACGUCUGGCAACAAUCUGGCGGCCGUCUUCCUCCUCAUUUUAACCUAUGGAAUGGCGUGUACGCCGCUGCUGUACCUCUUCUCGUGGAUCUUCCGCGUUCCCACAAUGGCCUUCCUGGUGCUGUCGACGGGCAACUUGUUCGUCGGACUGGUCACCACCAUCACCAUCAUGGUCAUGAAGAUUACGGCAGACCCUGAUGUUGUGAACGUGGUUUCGUCGUUGUUCUUGGUUGCCCCACAAUUCUGUCUGGGUCAGGGUCUUAUGAACAUGGCCAUGAACUUCUUCCAGAACCAGUACUUGGAAUUUCAAGGCCUGGACCCCAAGCCCACGAUGUCUUGGGACGUGACGGGCAAGUACAUCGUGGCCAUGCUCGUCAUGUCGGCGGUGCUGGCGUGCGCCGUCUUCCUGGCCGAGCAGAGCACACACUGGUGGCACGGCUUCAUGCAGAACAAGUCCAACUUCGUGGAGAGCAGGGAGGCCGAGGAGGAGGACGUGCGUCGCGAAGUGCAGCGCGUCGAUGCGGGCCACGCCGACCAAGGGAUGCUGGUGCUGAAGCGACUCACCAAGCGCUACGCGCGGAAGGCCACCCCCGCUGUGGCCGGCGUGUCCUUCGGGGUGGAGCGCGGCCAGUGCUUCGGACUGCUGGGCCUCAACGGCGCCGGCAAGACGUCCAUCUUCAAGAUGCUGACCGGAGACACCCUCAUCUCGGGUGGCGACGCGCUGGUUAGCGGCCGCUCCGUGCGCGCGGACAUGGACGCCGUGCGCCGCAUGACGGGCUACUGCCCGCAGUUCGACGCGUUGGUGUCCCUCCUCACGGUCAAGGAGCACCUGGAGCUGUACAGCAGCAUCCACGGAACGCAGGCCAGGCUCCGUCCCACUGCCGUUCGUCGCGCCAUUCAAAUGUUCGACCUGGAAAAGCACCAGGACAAGCAAGCGCGGUCGCUGUCCGGCGGAAACAAGCGCAAGCUGUCGGCGGCCAUCUCGCUGGUCGGUGACCCGUCCCUCCUGUACAUGGACGAGCCCACGACGAGCAUGGACCCGGUGGCGCGGCGCUUCGUGUGGCAGCGCGUGCGGCGCGUGGUGGCGGCCGGCCGGUCCGUGCUGCUCACCUCGCACAGCAUGGAGGAGUGCGAGGCGCUCUGCGACAGACUCACCAUCAUGGUCAACGGCAAGCUCACCUGCAUCGGCAGUCCGCAGCAUCUCAAGCACAAGUACGGAUCCGGGUACAUGGCAGUGGUGCGGUGUCCGAUAGAGAGGGUCGGAGAAGCCCAAUCAAUGCUACUGAGCCAAAUGCCAGGCACAUCUGUCAAGGAAGCACAUCUUUAUCAGAUUAAACUCCAGAUACCACCUGAAACGCUGUUGGCGAAUAUCUUCCAUUCGCUGGACAAUGCCCGGCGCCAUGGCUGUGUGACUGACUACUCCGUCUCGCAAACCACGCUUGAGGACGUGUUUAUGCAGUUUGCUGAGGCGCAGAAAUCACAGUCCUCAUGAGAGGAUGAACGCAGCUAUCUUAUCAAUACAGUACUUUUAUUUUUUGGACUGGAAAUGCACAAGUUGCAAGGUGCUGCUUCAAAUAGGUGUACUUAAUUAACUAGGUAUGAAAAUUCCAAAGUCUGAUUUUAAAAUUUGGGUUUGAUGUUCAGAGGAGAAGAGCUAAAAAUCUGUCGUUAACUUUGAAACCAAAAUUACAUGCAAGCCGUUGUACAGUAACUAGAAUUGUGAUAAGGAUUUUUAAGCAUAUAGGCUAUGAGUGAAGUUUUUUGGAAGAGGCUGGAAUCUUCCCUUUUAUUUCUUGAAACUUAAAAUCUUGUCACACAGCAAACCUUUUACAGUGUGCUAUGCAAGACGUUUGAGAUCCAAUUUUUGGUUUGGCUUGGAUUUUCAGAAUAUGGCACCCUGGCACUAGAUGUGUUUCUAAAACGAGGGUUCUGUGACUGAUCUUAUUGUUCCUAUGCAAAGAUAAGGAGUGAUCAUCUCCCCCAUUUCGUGUGCUUCACUGUGACCAAAACAUUUUUAAAACUGUGAUUUUAGUGACAUGUGACUUAUUUAAAUAAAAACACAAACAAAUGGA